AUGCGGAAACUGUCUCACUUCAUCGACACGCGAGACUCGUUCGACGCGCUAGAUUCCCGCCUCCCCUCGCCCUUGAGCGCCAAUACUUCUGCCCCGGCCUCGCCGGCCUUGUCUUUCUUCUCUAGUCACAAUCGUGUCUCUAGUUCUGUGUCAUCCUUGGUGCCAUCAGUAGGCAACGCCAUGGAUAGUCCUAGCCGCAAUCCCCUCUCCGGGGUCAAAGAGGAGGAUCUCGCCCGUGAUUCAUUGGAGGAUCAAUAUUUCCAACAUUUUGAUCGUGGCAUGUCCGAAGAGCCCUCGUUCAUCAUGGAUCCCACCGAUAGCUACGACCUGAGUGACACGGGUAUGGACUUUGCGCCCUCGCCGAAGAAGCGUCGGUCCGAUAGUCUAUCGAUGAAGGGUGUCUCGCGUAUCAGCUCACACAUCUCCACCAUGUCAACAAGAUGGAUGUCCAAGCGAACCUCAGGAAGCCCCGAACGAGACUUUCCCGAUGAUCUGCGCUCGCGUGCCAACUCGACAGCAUCCUCCGCCUUGGCGAGCCCAGCUUUGUGCCCGAUCAAUCGCACUGAUUCGAUUCCUCCCUCUCCAGCCCGCACCAUCUUCGAAGAGCGCAUGAGCGAUUCCGGAGCCCGCCCCAUUGACAUCACUCACGCGAACAGCAUGAGCCAGGAUGACAACGACAACCAAGCGACCACACCGCUCCUCCCCCCAUUCAUGGGUGAAGAUCCUACCAGCGCAAUCGCCUGCCGAGUUCAAUCCCCACUCCAAUCUCCCUCCGUCGCCGACGUGAGCGUGAGUGACUCACCCAAAUACGUGGUGUGCUCCGAGUCUCGGUUCGCAGGUAUCCCUUCACCGCCACUAUCAUCAAGACCCUCCAUCGCCUCAAUGAGCCGUCCCCGAGCCAGCACCACCUCCCGAACGGUCUCCGGUGAAGCAGCCCCAUUCAUGCUCUCAGAUCCCAACGACGAAUGGGCCAACAAGCUAGGCCAUGCCAAUUUCACCAUCCAGCCAGAGCCCUACGAACCGCCAACCUGCGAUCUAGACAGCUUCCACCUGUUCCGGGCAGAUUGGGAUCUCGCCCGCUGCAACUUCGCCAAGCAUCUGGUGCGCACAGGCGAACACUACGGUACUACAUCCAAUAUCUACAAGCUCACGGGCGAGAAAUGGGAGUUCCUCAACCGCCAAUGGCGCCAGCAACAUGAUGCCCUGCUCAACCAGCUGGAAAUGAUCGACGGUGUCGCCCUGACACUCACCCAAUCAAACCUUCACCGCUGCGAGCAGGAAGUUCGUAUUCCGCGCCUGCACGAUAAUGACAAAUUUCCCGAAAUGGGAGACGAGGAUAUCGUCGGACCAAUGACCGUCGCGCCCGCCGCGGAGAUCAGCGGAUUCUGUCGUACAAAGUCCGUAAAGAAACGGAAUUUCUUCAAGUUUUUCCAGGAUCUUGUCUCGCGGCCUUGA